AUGAAGCUCCUUCCCGCCCUCCUCGCCGCCUCCCUCCCCCUAACCACCACCGCCAUCGUCUACAACACCUUCGACGGCCCCGGCUUCCCGGCCUGCAACAACGUCGCCGCGAUCCACAACGCCACCUCCGUCUCCCACAUCCAGUCCCUGGUACAAGAUGCCAUCGCCUCGGGCCAAAAAGUCCGCGCCUCCGGCAAGGGCCACAUGUGGUACGACACCAUGUGCUCCGACGACCCGUCCACGGUAAUCAUCCGCACCGAGGACGUCAACGGCAUCUCCGACUUCGACCUCGCCGCGGGCACCGUCGUCAUCGAGGCCGGCGUCACCUUCCUCCAGCUCGCCGAGUACCUCCACGCCCGCGGCGCCAGCGCGGGGUACACCCUCGUCAACUGGAACAUCACGCUCGCGGGGUGCGUCGCCAUGGGCGCGCACCGGUCCAGCAUCCGCGAGGACUCCAUGGUCGCCGCGGGCGUGCUCGAGCUCGACAUCGUCGACGGGAACGGCGAGCUGAGGACCGUGGUCAGGGACGAGGGGAGCGACGAGUGGCUCGCCGCGUCGACGUCGCUUGGGCUUUUGGGAGUGAUUGUGAGGAUGAAGUUUAAGAUUUAUCCCGAUUUCAAGGUCUAUGCCGACCAGAAGACGCUCGAGGAGGACGAGGUUCUCAAUGGUGACAUCUACGGCAUGAUCGCCCCCUACGCAACCGCGAACUUCUGGUGGUGGCCCUACAAGCGCAAGUUCCACUGGCGCUACUACGACGUCGUCCCGACCUCGACCUCCCCGCAAGAAGGCUUCCAAAACACCUUCUCCGUAACCGAGCUCGAGGCGACCGCGGCCCGCACCCUCCUCGACUCGGGCCGCUACCUGCCCACCUCCAACCUGCUCGCGGAGGAGAUCUUCUUCGGCCUCUGGUCCAAGCCCAACUUCCGCGAGAAGACCACCAACGAGCCCAUCGAGACCUGGCCCGUCUACGGCUGGAACUACGACGUCCUCAUCGGCGGCCUGUACCCGGACCAGCGGCCCCUCUGGGAGCUCGGCGUCCAGGGGUACACCAUGGAGCUCGCCUUCCCCGUGACGCAGGCCAACGCGAUGCUCAAGCGCGUGCGGGAGCUCUUCGACGCCGAGGCCAAGAAGCUCAUCAUCAUGACCUCGACGUACCGCAGCGGGAUCAACAUCAAGUUCGGCCGCCCGUUCGAGGGCUUCCUGAGCCAGGUCGCCACGAACACGAGCGACGGCGCCGACUGGAGCAAGGGGGCCAUCAUGUUCGACUUCCCGACCUUCAGGCCUACCGUCGGCGACGGGAGCCGGUUUAACGAGCCGUUUUACCACAACCUCGCAAAGGUCCUCAUCGACGAGUUCCCGUGCCGCCCGCACUGGACCAAGAACACGCGCGAGAUCUUCGCCAACGCGACCAAGAACCUGGAUCCCGAUCACAUUGCCCGCUUCAAGGCCGUGAGGGAGCAAUUCGACCCCAACGGCGUCUUCAGGAGCGUCGUCGGCGAGGCCAUUGGCGUAUACUGA